UAUUAGAUACAUAUUUUUCUGUAAUAAAAAGAGAAAUAUGGGCGUACUCCGUUAGGCUGAUUUUUCUCUGGGAUAUUAAUGGCGUGGGUUUAGGGUUUUAGUCCUAAUUAGAUUUCAAAACAAGGGGUUUUACUUUCACACAAAUUAGAGGUUGUUUUGUGCAUGAACUGUGCGGUGCUAGGAUCAGCUUAGAGAGUACGUUGAAAUUAUUGGUAAAAUCUAUCAAUGAGCUAGUUUUGUCCUUUUUGGAGAAUUUAUUAACAAAAAACAGCCAAUUUAAUUUGGUAAUAUCAGAUUUCAAGACCGCUUUAUGUUUUCCAUUUGAUUCUUACGAAUAAGUAUUGUAGUUUGUCGAGAAUGGGAAUUUCAGUAUGGCAUUUACCAUCUAUUUUUUCCUGGUAUCAACUGUCCACGCAUCUUGUUUUUCCUUGAUUAAAGUUAUCAUCUCUUCUGGUGGAAUUUGCUAUCAAUUAGGUUGAGUGGUUUGUGUUUUUUGUAUGUGUAUUUGUUUGGGAUGGACCAGUUAGUGUACGUUGAAAUUGUUAUUAAGUUAAAUCUAUCAAUGAGCUAGUUUUGACCUUUUCGGAGAAUUUAUUAACAAAAACAGCCAAUUUGAUUUGGUAAUAUCAGAUUUCAAGACCGCUUUAUGUUUCUCAUUUGAUUCGUACGAAUAAGUAUUGUUGUUUGUCGAGAAUGGGAAUUUCAGUAUGGCGUUUACCAUCUAUUUUUUCCUGGUAUCAACUUUCCACGCAUCUAGUUUUUCCUUGAUUAAAGUUAUCAUCUCUUCUGGUGGAAUUUGCUAUCAAUUAGGUUGAGUGGUUUGUGUUUUUUGUAUGUGUAUUUGUUUGGGAUGGACCGGUUAGUGUACGUUGAAAUUGUUAUUAAGUUAAAUCUAUCAAUGAGCUAGUUUUGACCUUUUCGGAGAAUUUAUUAACAAAAACAGCCAAUUUGAUUUGGUAAUAUCAGAUUUCAAGACCGCUUUAUGUUUCUCAUUUGAUUCGUACGAAUAAGUAUUGUUGUUUGUCGAGAAUGGGAAUUUCAGUAUGGCGUUUACCAUCUAUUUUUCUCCUGGUAUCAACUUUUCCUCACAUCUAGUGUUUCCUUGAUAAAAGUUAUAAUCACUUCUGGUGGAAUUUGCUAUCAAUUAGGUUGAGUGGUUUGUGUUUUUUGUAUGUGUAUUUGUUUGGGAUGGGCUGGUUGGUGUGCGUAUGCGUGGCGUCCUUUUCAUCUUCCUGGCUGCAUUGUGGGUUGGGUGUGUGUGGCAAUGGAUCAAUAGGUUGCACUAACAACAAUUAUGCAUCAAGAGAAAAGUGCAAAAAGUGCGGGCAACCGAAGGAGGUAGCAGCAAUGCCAGCAAUUGCAAUGCCUGGAGCUUCUCUUCCAACUUAUUCACAUUAUUUUGCCAGGGCCUCUGGAUUAUUGGAACAAAAGAUGAAUAGCGGAUUUGUAGGCAAUGGUGCUCUACAACAGCCACUUCCUUUGAGCUCCAACUGGUCCGUGGGAGGGGCUGAUAAAUAUGGAUUUCAGACAGCUUCUACUUGGUCGUUAGGUGGAAACCAGAAUUCUGGACUUCCAUAUUCUAAUCAUGCCAGUCAGCCUCUCUCUGUUCCCAAGGGCUGGCGAAAUGGUGACUGGAUAUGCAAUUGUGGCUUCCAUAAUUACUCAUCACGCUCACAGUGUAAAAAUUGCAAUGCCUCUAUACCACCAGCUCUUGGAAUGAAGAGAUUAGCAUCAGAAGAGUUUGCUCAUGAUUGGGAUAAUAAAAGACUAAACUCAGGAUAUACAAAUGAGCUACAGCAAUCAUAUCCAGGGUUUGACCAAAUUGGUACAGCCAAUAGUGACCCAAAGCAGGGAUUUUGUGCUCCUUAUCCCAAUCUCAAUGCAAGUGUUGGUCCAACUUGGCAGGCACCUAUUCUAUUUCCACCUCCAGCAACUACACCAACACUCCUUGGAAAAGGGGCAAAGCAAUGGCGUAGUGGAGAUUGGAUGUGUGCAAAUUGCAAUAAUCAUAAUUAUGCAUCUCGAUCGCAAUGCAAUAGGUGUAAGACUCAAAGAGAUGCAGCACCUCAGCCUGUAAGCGCAGCGUAGUUGCAGCCCACAUGGAGUCUUCAUGCUACUAGCUGAGAUUCUUUGUUGGUUUUUCUUUAUGUAUUAUGUUGCCAAAAGGAAAAUUGAGAGUCUUUUAUCGGCAGGCAUCUUGUGGUUUACAUGAUAGCUAAUUAGCCAUUCAAGACAUUAGCUGCAAUUGUAUUUUGAUCCCUUUGGGCCAUAGCUUGAAUUUCAGUCAUC